AGUAUUGCACAGGCGUACCGGCUCCUCCCCUUCAGUCUUGCACAGGUGUACCGGCUCCUCCCCUUCAGUAUUGCACAGGCGUACUGGCUCCUCCCCCUCAGUCUUGCACAGGUGAACCGGCUCCUCCCCUUCAGUCUUGCACAGGUGAAGCGGCUCCUCCCCUUCAGUCUUGCACAGGUAUACAGGCUCCUCUCGUUCAGUCUUGCACAGGUGUACUGGCUCCUCCCCUUCAGUCUUGCACAGGUGAAGCGGCUCCUCCCCUUCAGUCUUGCACAUGUGUACCAGCUCCUCCCCUUCAGUCUUGCACAGGUGUAUCAGCUCCUCCCCUUCAGUCUUGCACAUGUGUAUCAGCUCCUCCCCUUCAGUCUUGCACAGGUGAACCGGCUCCUCCCCUUCAGUCUUGCACAGGUGUACCGGCUCCUCCCCUUCAGUCUUGCACAGGUGUACCGGCUCCUCCCCUUCAGUCUGGCACAGGUGUACCAGCUCCUCCCCUUCAGUCUGGCACAGGUGUACCGGCUCCUCCCCUUCAGUCUUGCACAGGUGUACCGGCUCCUCCCCUUCAGUCUUGCACAGGUUUACCGGCUCCUCCCCUUCAGUCUUGCACAGAUGUACCGGCUCCUCCCCUUCAGUCUUGCACAGGUGUACCUACUCCCUCCCCUUCAGUCUUACACAGUUGUACAGGCUCCUCCCCGUCAGUCUUGCACAGGUGUAUCAGCUCCUCCCCUUCAGUCUGGCACAGGUGUAUCGGCUCCUCCCCUUCAGUCUUGCACAGGUGUACCGGCUCCUCCUCUUCAGUCUGGCACAGGUUUACCGGCUCCUCCCCUUCAGUCUUGCGCAGGUGUACCGGCUCCU